AAUAAUUGAAAUGCGCACGCACGAUGCCAGUUCGAAAGUCGACGUUUACCCGCGAACUAGGAGGAUGCGGCAGUCGUACGUUUAAUACGCGUCAAGCGCGCGCCGGUCGUACAUUCAAUACUUAUACAAGUCUAUCAUUUUGACGCAUUAUAAAACGUUAAACUGGCGCGUUUUCGAUUACCUUUCGACGUAAUAAGGAGCGUUCGUUUUUCAAUUAGAAGGAUGACGACGGAAAUUGAUAAAGAUGAGCUGAAAAAACGUUUGACGCCGUUACAGUGGCACGUGACACAAGAAAAAGGAACCGAGAGGCCAUACACUGGUUGCUACAAUAAAUUUUAUCAAAAUGGUACAUACACGUGUAUCGUCUGUGAUCAAGAAUUAUUCUCUUCUGACACUAAAUAUGACAGUGGAUGCGGUUGGCCUGCAUUUAAUGAAGUUUUAGAUCAAGGACGGAUUAAGUUAACCAAAGAUACCUCUCAUGUUGGUGGCAAUCUACUACUGCUGAUCGCAAACCCAGAUAUGGUGCGGACUGAAGUGACCUGCUCAAAGUGCGGUUCACACCUGGGACAUGUAUUCAACGACGGUCCAAAACCUACAAGGAAGCGUUUCUGCAUCAACUCCGCUUCGAUACUUUUUCAUGCAGCAGGGGAAGAAAAGAAGUAAAUUUUUUUAAAUGAAAAGUUUUCUUUCGACAUUCAAUUUUUUUAGACAUUUAAAAUUCUUUUGUUGGCUUCAACUUUUAAACACAGUUGAUUUCAUUAAGAAUUUCUUUACAUCGAUUGUGCUUUCUUGUUUCUAAGCAAGAUUUUUAAUUGUAACGUAAAAUAUAUAAUACGUUAUUAAUAUUUGCAAAUUAGCAUAUUCAUAUUAUUAAUAAAUAUGGUCAAUUAAACUUUCACAAGCAUUUGCUAUGAUAUACAAUUAUAAAGCGUGCUUUCAUGCUGAUGGUAUUGUAUCAAGUUAAGUAAAAAUUUACUUAUAAAAUAUAAGAUAUAAUAUCCCUAUACAUAUACAACUGCACUUGAUGUAAUCAUUUCUAACUCAACUAACAUGAUAUUAUAUGUCUUUUUAUAAUCAGAUCUGAAUUGUGCAACAUAUAUUAUUUAUGUAUAUAAUUAUCAUACAAUUAAUACAAAAAAAAGUGAUAAAAAUAUUAUUUUCUAAGAGUCUAUACUAUUUUUACAAAUGUGUAUAAAAGCUGCAAUAUGUAAAUAGUUAACUAUAUAUUCCUAACAAUAUAAAACAUCAUUGGAAGAAUCAAACGAGCUAUUAUUUGUAACCUUCGUUCUUCUAUAGAGAUAAAUAAUCUUAAAAGGAAGGGUAUAUUAAGGGAAAAUUGUAAUAAAAUAAUACUUGUUUGUUACAAAAUGUUUCCUUAUAUUGUAACAUUUUAAAACAAACUAAAAGGUGUUACAGUACAAUAUAUACGUAAAAUUCUAGGCGUUAUUUUUUUUCUUUUUUCUUUACAAUAAUUAUUUAUCUGCCGUUUCAAUUCAAUUUCUGGAUUUCUUUAUCGUUUAUAUAGAUAUAUAUUUUCCUGAGAAAUCAUUCAUUACUAAAAACCUUUUAAAAGCAAAUAUAUAUAUAUUAGCUGUUGUUUUUUUAAAAUCAAAUAGUUUUGAUAAAAGACUGGAAACCAUGUACUUUGACCAAUAUUUUUUUUCUUAUUUUUUUUGUCAGUAAAAUAGUAUCUUUGUUACUAGGCCUGGUUCUUUCAUUUAGAGAUCUCAAAGCAUUUUCAAAAACAUCAUAAGCACGCAAGCAUGCAUAUACACACUUAACCUGAUUUUAGUAGGAACCUAUUUUAUACUUACAAAAUGACAAUAAUACGUUUCUUACGUAAAUACUUAAAUGCACAUGGAACGUUAAUCGAGAUGCAAUUAUAGAAAAUAAUACUUAUCCAUGCAUUUUAUAAUCCCUACUCUCAAAGUCUAUUUAGUUUAUUCAUCUAAUCUUUUGCCGCAUCAAAAAAAUAAUAAUUAUUUUAUUUUAAUAGAAUACAUAUAUAUUUUUAUUACAGUAAGGCAUAUUUUGGUACAAGCUUUGUACUUUUGUUUAUGUAAACAGAUUCACUAACAAGAUGAUCAUUUGCGAACAAUUGUGCAUCUAAAUGCACUUAGUAUUUUGAAAUUUGGACAUGGUAAAGUAUAUUUUAUAUAUUCAAUGCAUCUCGAUUUAUCAUUUAAAAUUAAAUCUUAACAGUAAAUAGCUAUGAACUGAGAGAAAUAUGUAUCUUUUAUAAUUGUCAUAAUAAUAAUACGAUCAGACAAAAUGGAUGUAUAUAUGAUCCUUUUUAAAAGAUAUUUGUGAAAAUGCAAGACCUCGCUCGUUAUUCCUGAUCGAGCUAAUUUAUUUGGAUCCUAAUUUAUAAAUUCGUUUACAUGAUGAUUAAUACUAGAUGUGCAGUCAUUUCCUUUUUUUAUGUUGCUUAACAUCACUUACUUUCAAUUAAUUUAGAGCGAUUACUGAAAAAGAAUGAAUAUAUGCGAUGCUUAUUUUCAUGAAAUACUGACACACAAAAAUAAUACAUUAUAUUAUUUAUAGUCCUUGAUUUUAAAAAAAUAGGAUCUUUCCCAAUUUUAGCAUGACUCUAAAUAUGUUCGUUAACACGAUAUAAAUCGAGUAAUUUUGUCUGUCAAUUUUUAAUUAAACUUUACUAAUCGUUAUUAAAAAACUAAUCAGGCUUUUUAUUAAUAGUUUUAUGGAAGAAUAAAACUGCUGAAUAUUAAAUACCUUACGUUUUUUUUUCAUUUUAAGGAAAUAAUAUAAAUUUUUACCUUUUUGUUUAAUCUUUUCAUUUCAUAUGUAAUAUAUCAGUGAUUUCUCUUGUAUCAAUAAUUAUUUUACUCUCAUGAUGUUAUUUUAAGUGUCAAAAAUCGCAUAUGACGAAACCCUAUAUAUAUAUAAUGAAAUUAUUAAAAAUUACAGAAAUUGCAAAAUCUAAGUUUCUUAAACUAAAUAUAUAGAUAAUUUUAAUUGUAAUGACAUGAUACUUUGAAAAUAUAAUACAAUUAGGAAAGACAUUUUAGUUGCUCUGUUUAAUAUGGUACAACCAUUUAGAAACCUUGUAUAUAACCGUUAACUUGAUUUUACAUGUUGGUUUCUGAUGGUUCGUCAAAAUAAAUGAUACAUUUUAAUGGUUCAAGAUUAUAAGGAAUCUAGCAUGAAUAACUCAUGCUUCUAAACAUGACAACAGGCACUUUAUAGUGUCACAAAAUGCUCCUACAUUUGAACCUUGUUUUAAAAUUUCAUCGAUCAUCCGUUCAUUUACUUUAAGACACGUUAAGAAUAGUUAGAUUUGACCUGUAAUGAAGAACACACUUGACCAGACAACAUUUGUCCAUAUAAGGAUGUUCUUAUUAACUAACAUAUUUUAGUAAAGAGAGGACCUUAUAUAUCUUAACGUGUCUUAUCGCGAUGCAAAUGAGAAAAAGUACUUACUUUUGUUUAUCUUAAUAUUAUAAAACAGUAAUCAUGAUUUGCAAAAAUGAAUAUUCUAACUGCACAAAACACAAAUAACUCAAUUAGCCAUACUAUAUAUAUAUAUAUAUAUAAACUAACAAAAUGCGACCAUUGUGAUAUCCAAGAUAAGAGAAAAUAAUUAAAGCAUUUUUAGUUGAAUAAAAAUAUAAUUCUGCGUAUUAAGAUAUGAUUAUAAGAACGUGACUUUUGAGAAUGUUUAAAACAAGUUAGGCUAUCGCUUAUAUAUAUAUAUGUAUUUAUGUCAUAUUGACAGACAAAAGGAUUGAAAACAUAUUGCUCUGCUCUUUAUAACUUCGUUCGAAAAAUAUAAGUCUGACAUGAAGACCAAUUUAUUUUUCUCCUACAAUUUCUUUUUUGUCAAACCAUAAUAAUGUAUUAGAAUAAAUCUUAUGUACUUGUUCACAUUUGUUUAUGGUAUUAUCUAAUAAAGAUCCUUGCUAUAAA